AUUAAAACCAAAAAAAAAAAAAAAAGGCUCUCCUUUCCUUUUCCUUUACUAUUAUUCUACAUUCCUUUACAUUCCUUAAACUAGUCAUUCCUUUAAAGAUAUGAAUAAACAACAGCAGCAGCAACAGUAUCCUUAUGUCAAUUCAAUGCCAAUGAUAAAUAAUAAUAAUAAUCCUUCGACUCUUUUACAGCAUCAAGCUUCUCAUAUAGUUUAUUCACAAAACUAUCCUAAUAAUAAUACUAUUUUGGUUGAUCGUCAUCAGUAUCAUCAGCAACAGCAACAGCAACAGCAACAACAGCAACAGCAACAAGAAUAUUAUAAUAUGUGUAAUAAUCAUCCACACUGGUUAAAUCAUCAUCCUUAUUAUCCUCCUCAGCACCAAGACGCUAAUAGUUUAAUUAAUAGAGGAAGUCCGUCUUCUAUUUCUUCUGCUGGCUAUAGUUCACCUCGCACACCGCCUGCUGUUCAUUUUAAUCAUAAUAAGGGUGAUCUAUCUACUUCAACUAGUACUUUGCCUAAUCAGCAACGUUCUUUGUUAGUCAAUCCUCUCGUUCCACCUCCUUCACUGGAACAAUCAACUGAAGAAAGAGUGAGAGAAACUAUUGCUCGUGCUAAUACAGUACCUGUUGAGUUCUAUCAAACCGAGUUUCUUGAAUAUUCAAAAUCAAAUUAUGAAAAUCAAACGUUAAAGAAGCGUAAACGUAUGACAGGAACUGAUAGUGAUAGCCAUUAUAUUAAGAAAUUAACUAACGAUUAUUCAUAUGAUAAUGAAGAAGAACAGCAACUAUCUAUGUCUGAAAUUCGACGUCAAAUUCAUAUUCAAUCUGAACAAAAAAGACGUGCACAAAUCAAGGAUGGUUUUGAAGUCUUAAAGAAACACUUACCUGGCUGUGCUAACAAAAAAUUAAGUAAAGCUGCUCUUUUAAGUCGUGCUGUACAACAAUUAGAACAUAUGAAGAAACUACAAGAUGAGCUCUUGGCAGAAGUUGAAAGGCUUGUUGAAGAAAAUUCAAAUUUAAAAAAGUAAGAUGACUGUUUUACAUCACAUGCAUUUAACUUAUAGUGUAUUAUACAUAGGUAUUCCUCUACAUCUACUAAUUAACAUUUAUACACUCUACUAUGCCCUCCCUUCCU